AUGACGCUCAUUCUUCCAUUCCUUGACCUAGAGCUCAAGUACUAUGACCUCGGGAUCGAAAACCGUGACAAGACAGACGACAAGGUGACUGUAGAGUCGGCAGAAGCGAUCAAGCAGUACAAGGUCGGUGUCAAGUGCGCGACGAUUACGCCAGAUGAGGCACGUGUGAAGGAAUUCAACCUCAAGAAAAUGUGGCUGUCGCCCAAUGGCACGAUCCGCAAUAUCCUGGGCGGUACUGUGUUCCGUGAGCCGAUCAUUCUGGAAAAGAUCCCACGCCCUGUUCCUGGUUGGACGAAGCCCAUCUGCAUUGGCCGCCAUGCCUUCGGCGACCAGUACCGCUGCCAGAACUUUGUUGCGCCAGGCGCCGGCAAGCUGACCAUCUCGUUCACGCCAACGGAUCCGAACGGUGAGAAGAUUAGCAUGGACGUAUUCGACUUCCCAGAAAAUGGCGGUGUAGCUAUGGCCAUGUACAACACGAAGGACUCGAUCACCGGCUUUGCCCACUCUUGCUUCCGUGUGGCCAUUGACAAAAAGAUGCCUCUUUACAUGAGCACGAAGAACACUAUUCUCAAGAAAUAUGAUGGCAUGUUCAAGGAUGUUUUCCAGGACCUGUAUGACAAGACCUACAAGCCUGAGUUUGAGAAGCUUGGCAUCUGGUACGAGCACCGCCUUAUCGAUGAUAUGGUCGCCCAAGCGAUCAAGGGCAAUGGUGGGUUUGUGUGGGCGUGCAAGAAUUACGACGGAGAUGUCCAGUCCGAUGUGCUUGCACAGGGCUUUGGCUCUCUUGGCAUGAUGACGUCGGAGCUUAUCACGCCCGAUGGCGACAUGAUUGAGAGUGAGGCCGCACACGGCACAGUCACGCGUCACUACCGUGAGCACCAAAAGGGCAAUGAGACUAGCACCAACUCUGUCGCUUCUAUCUACGCAUGGACGCGCGGUCUGAUCUUCCGUGGCAAGGUCGACCAGAACAAUGAUCUGAUUGCCUUUGCUCGCACUCUUGAAGACGCCUGUGUGCACAGCAUCGACGUCGACGGUGUGAUGACCAAGGAUCUUGCUCUCUCAAUCCAUGGAAAGAACAUGAAGCGUGAACACUAUGUGAACACGUUCGAGUUUCUUGACCACAUCAAGUCGGUGUUGAUGAAGAAGCUCGAAGAACAAGGCAUUCUUUCUCGCCUCUAA